AUGAAAUUAAUUGACGAGGACAAAAUCAGUGGUACGAAAGGUCUGCUAAACAAAAUUGAAACGUGGUUCCCACAACAUGGUACACCCAUCCUUUUCAAGACUCCAUUGUCUUAUGAAUCAGUCACAACGGAGUUCAAGUAUUUAUUGGACUCUCUCCUCGAGUACACUGAGGAGCAGGUUAAGACACCGUAUAAAACUCCCCUUAAGCCUGCCGAGAAUGAUAAUUCUAUCAAAGUGUAUGACGUAAAAUAUUGUGCCGACAAGCUACUUAGUCAAUUAACCUUCUCGAAUCACUUUGAUCAAGUCUUUAGUGAUAACCUAACCGCGCUGAGAAAGCAACUCACCACUUUCACCCCCUCCAAGUUCAACGGCAUUCACAACCCCGCGUUGGCAGAUGCCUUACGUGCCGGUCUGACUGAUUGCUGUGGUCAGCUCAACCACGCCUACGUUAACAGCUACUCCGGCCUGACCGUCGACUGGUCUAAGACAAUUAACGGCAAACCGCAGUUGACCGACGACGCCGAACGGUGCGCUAAGCUUUUCCUCACCUGCUUGUCCACUCUGUUUGAAUAUCUCAGCAAGCUGAUGAAUGAGUGUCAGCACGCGUGGAUAUCUGACAAAAUUCAUUCAACUACGGAUCUCGGAAAAUGGUUCGGAGAGUGCGGCUUCCAUGUUUCCACGUCUGACGCAAACCGGGACGGUGAGUUGAGGAAUGAGUCGAAAUUGCAGGGUCGUAACAUCUUGCCUCUGAUCACUAAGGAUAACCACGUUUUCAACAGAUACUACGUAGGAAACCUGAAAGACAUUUUCGGUUACCUACACGACUAUCUUCGUGUCUGCCACCUCACUCCCCGUCCUAAGCCUAGGUCACCGUGCAGCGUGUACGACAUGCUCUGCUGGCUGACUGGCCUCACUUACAGAUCGUACUACCAAGACUUGUUACUUAACAGCUUUAGUGAUUUGCUCGACAAGCCGGAAAAAUCGGACGACGCUUUUGCGGUAGACGGUAUCGGUCUCGAAAUCCAAACUGCCAAAUCCUUACUGGCGUAUCCCCAAACCAUCACCGCCGCGAAUUUAACAGACGCCAUCACAGAAGUAUGCUACUACGCGGAAGAUGUAUUGAUCACCGUACUCGGCCACGGAGAUGCUGACUGCACGUACGCCGUUGAGCAUUCCAACAACUCACUCAACUUGUAUUAUCCGCCUCGCAGUGAGGACUGCCUUCAGAUGAUCAUCGAUGUGCUUCGAAGUAUGCUGCAGCCGCUCACAUUUUUGAAAAAGCAAUGCGCGCUGGAAACAAAAUAUUACGGUUGGCAGCAGUGUACGUAUGGCAGCGGGGUUCAGCCUUCCUGUUGGCAGUGCGGUGAGCACUCUUCCAUCUAUCCGUCGUCCAGUCACGAUUGUUCAGGCACGUCGCCCCUGCAGCUGUACCUGACUGACAGUCUAGGAGGCAUGUUGCCUCACAGUCUGAGUUCCAUCGGUUGCAAGUCGUCAUGUUCCACCUGCACCAAAUCGUCACCUGGGAUGCCAUGUUUGACUCCCCUCGGAUUCAGCCGUUUCUCGAGAGGUACGCGCACAGGUAAAGACCUAAGCAACGUGCUGACCAAAUUCCUAAGUAACGACCAUGUUGCGUGGCUGCUCACGCUGGUCCCCAAACCGCCAUCCACAUUGCCCGAACACUACGGUUUUGUCACGUCGCUUGUACUUAGCAGUGUUGUACCAUUGACUCAACGGCAAGCUACACAUAAAUCUGUUGCUGAUGCGUUUAAAAAGUGUAUCUCCGAACAGACUAUCGAUCUCUAUAAUAAUCCUACUGAUUUGACAAACGCGCUCGGUAACGCAUAUGGCUGCAGCCAGACCGGUCAUGAAGCAAAGAGCCAUCUCCCUCCAUAUGCUGACUUGUCCAGCAUUUCGAUGACUAACACGUGCCCCGAUCAAGAUGUUCACUGCGCUCCAUACAUCGACUGCUUAUCUGCCAACUGCUAUAAAUACAUGGCCAAGCAACACGCUAACCUGUAUUUUUCGUGGUCUAUAUAUUUGCCAUGGAAUCUAUGGAAAUGUCUCUGUUCUCUACUUGACGCAUUUGGAAGCAUCAACUGCAAAAGUUUCGGGUGCCCCGGAUGUUCAUGUACACCAUCAUCUCACGGCGCCAAACACAACUGCAGUUGCAGAGCUCUUGUAUGUUGCCGUGCUGUGCUGCCAACGUUCUACAGAUACGGGUUCACAUUUAAGGACCCUAAAAUGUUGCUGGAUGGUAAGAACAGAAAGCGUUGCAGUCAUUUCUACACUCAACUGGAGAGUGUAGUCAAAUCGACGUAUUUCACCAAACUAUUCGAUCAGUGCGAUAUGAUCUUGUGGAGAAUCCGUGAACCAUUCUCCUACCUUGUCUUGGCCCUCUGGCUCCUCUCUUUGUUGUACCUCCUCCACAUCAUGGUCAUCCGCCUAGACCUCCUCCACAUCAAAUCGCAUCUACAUAGUCCCUCAUCACAUCGCAUUGCCGCUCAAUCAUUGUUGGCUGCUGCACGUGUUGGCAAACUGGGCAGGGUGUUUUAUCUGCAACCGUAA